AUGUCUCGUCGAAAGCAAGCCAAGCCCCAGCAUCUGAAAUCAGACGAGGACAUCGGGACUGAGCUGCUCCCUAAUCACGCAGUACCUGGGGAAGGACCAGAUGAUGGUGAUAGCGGGAAUGAAAGUCGAAGUGGAAGCGAGGAGACCAACGUUUGUGAAAAAUGUUGUGCUGAAUUCUUCAAAUGGUCUGACUUUUUAGAGCACAAGAAGACCUGCACCAAAAACCCUCUUGUGUUAAUUGUAAAUGAUGAUAUAGCAGCAACAGCUUCAGAAGAAUUUCCUGAGCCCUCUCCUGCAAGCUCUCAAAGUGAUCACGCAGAGAGUGAGGCUGCAGAUGAAGCAGUUCAGGUAGAAAAUAAUGACACUUGUGAUUUAAAAGAAAUAGAAAAGGAAGAGGAACCUAUGGAGGUUGAAAUCCCAGAAGAAAAGAACUUUCCAAGUCAAGAAGCCUCAAACAAUGCUACUCCUCUACCUCAGAUAACUGAUCCAGCUUCCAUGACUAAUUACAAUAUGCCAAACACUAACGUUACAUUAGAGACUCUGCAAAGUACAAAAGUAGCAGUUGCACAAUUUUCACAGAAUGCACGGUGUGUAGGUGGUACAAGUGCUGCCACUGCAGCUACAGCUAUGGCUAUUCCAAUGAUUCUAGAACAACUCAUGGCACUACAGCAGCAACAGAUUCACCAGCUGCAACUCAUUGAACAAAUACGCAGUCAGGUGGCACUUAUGAAUCGUCAGACCCUGCGUCCUCCAUUGACCUCUUCAGUUCCAGCACAAAAUCCUCCAAUUCCAGCACCAAAUCAGCUGCAGAGUUUUACCACACAUACGACCCUACAGUUAACACCUGUAGUCCCACCCACACUUCCAGGAUCAAUACCUAGCAAUCAAGUACCAUCAUUUGAGAACCCACAACAUACAUCACAGCCUGCCUCUGGAGCAAGUACUCCAAAUAUACCAUGUUCUGUCUCUUGUACACCUACUGAAUCAAGCACAUCUUUAUCAGCUAAUGCUAAAGUAACAUCUGUAACCCCUAGCCCUGUCCCAAAUACCACAACUAGCUCAUCUCAUUCACAGAGUUCCUCAACCCCACCAUCUAUUGGACAUGGAAGCAUCCUAACCUCACCUUCAAGUUUGCCAAGCCCACUUCUACCUCAGAGCUCCUCAAAUAGUGUGAUUUUCCCCAAUCCACUUGUAAGCAUAGCUGCAACAGCUAAUGCUUUAGACCCACUUUCUGCACUCAUGAAACAUCGUAAGGGAAAGCCACCAAACGUAUCAGUAUUUGAGACAAAAUCAACCUCUGAAGACCCUUUUUUUAAACAUAAAUGUCGGUUUUGUGCCAAGGUCUUUGGAAGUGAUAGUGCUUUACAAAUUCACCUGCGCUCUCAUACAGGUGAAAGGCCAUUUAAAUGUAAUAUAUGUGGAAACCGCUUUUCCACAAAAGGAAAUCUAAAAGUUCAUUUCCAAAGGCAUAAAGAAAAAUACCCCCAUAUUCAAAUGAAUCCAUACCCUGUUCCAGAAUACCUUGACAAUGUCCCAACUAGUUCUGGAAUACCGUAUGGAAUGUCUCUUCCUCCUGAAAAACCAGUCACAACAUGGUUAGAUAGUAAACCUGUAUUACCAACAAUAUCAACAUCAAUUGGGUUGCAGCUUCCUCCCACAAUUCCAGGUGUUAACAGCUAUAUUGAUUCACCAAGCAUUACCCCAAUGAACAGAUCACCCCAAAGGCCCUCUCCCACUUCUAGCGAAUGCAACUCCUUGUCACCAAAUAUAAAUCCUCCUGAGCCCUGCAUGGUUACAUCUUCUGAAUCUCAACAGUUGGCUCAGACAGUAACUACUGCUGUCACAAAAACUGAACCUGUUGUUUUACCCCCUAUUGCUGCAAGAACAGUUGAACAGCCUGUUACUGGACAAGUAUCCCCUCCUAUCACUACAUCUAUCCCAGCUCUUACAGAUACCAGUACUUCUACAAGUCUCCCCAACCCUGUGCUUCCAGCAAUGUCUGAUCAAUUCAAGGCAAAAUUUCCAUUUGGUGGGCUUCUGGAGUCUAUGCAAACAUCUGAAACAUCAAAACUGCAACAGCUAGUUGAGAACAUUGAUAAGAAGAUGACAGACCCAAACCAGUGUGUAAUUUGUCACAGAGUCCUUAGCUGUCAGAGUGCUCUUAAGAUGCAUUACAGAACACAUACUGGGGAAAGACCAUUUAAAUGCAAAAUUUGUGGACGUGCAUUUACUACUAAAGGCAAUUUAAAAACUCACUUUGGUGUUCAUAGGUCAAAGCCACCACUAAGAGUUCAGCAUUCAUGUCCCAUUUGUCAGAAAAAGUUUACGAAUGCUGUUGUUUUGCAGCAACAUAUCCGUAUGCAUAUGGGUGGACAGAUUCCAAACACUCCAUUACCAGAGGGCUUCCAAGAUGCAAUGGACUCUGAGCUUUCUUACGAUGAAAAAAGAAUCUUGAAACAAUGAGCAAUUAUGAUGAGGACUUUGAUGACAAUUCUAUAGAAGAUGAACUGGACAUGAAAGAUACACCGAUUGAUUCAUCAAAACCACUCAUGCCAUUCUCUGAUUCAUCACCAGCCUCACCCCCCACUGUCAUCUCAAGUAUUGCUGCUUUAGAAAAUCAAAUGAAAAUGAUUGACUCUGUUAUGACUACUCAGCAGUUUAUUGGUUUUAAAAAAUUUAGAAAAUGGGUCUGGCGAAAGUGAUCAUUUAAGCAAUGAUUCUUCAUCAGCGGUGGGGGAUCUGGAGAGCCAGAGUCCAGGCAGUCCAGCAAUGUCUGAAUCCUCUUCAUCAAUGCAGGUUUUAUCACCUGCACAUAGUCAUAGUGAAAGCAUAAGAUCAAAGUCUCCAAAUGCAGUGAAUCAUGAAGAGCCUCCAGAACUACAACUUAAAACAGAAAAGCCAGACAGUCCUAUACCUGCUCCUGAAAUUGAAGGUGCACUGGAUCUGACAUCUACGAAUCCCGGAAGACCAAUCAUCAAAGAAGAGGCUCCUUUUAGCCUGCUGUUCCUGAGCAGAGAACGUGGUAAGUUUAAAAGUACUGUUUGUAAUAUCUGUGGCAAGCCUUUUGCUUGCAAAAGUGCAUUGGAAAUUCACUACCGCAGCCAUACUAAAGAACGGCCAUAUAUAUGUACAGUCUGCAGUCGUGGGUGUUCCACUAUGGGUAAUUUAAAACAACACUUACUGACACACAAAUUGAAAGAGCUCCCAUCUCAGUUAUUUGAACCCAACUUUACUCUAGGUCCCAGCCAAACCACUACUAGCCUGGUCACCAGCACAGCGCCUGCCAUGAUCAAAAUGGAAGUGAAUGGUCACACCAAGCCGAUCUCACUGGGUGAAGGUUCCCACCUUCCAGCCGGAAUCCAGGUUCCUGCUGCACCACAGACAGCGAUGAGUCCAGGCAUCACUCCUAUGCUGGCACCCCCACCUCGACGAACGCCCAAGCAACACAACUGUCACUCCUGUGGGAAGACCUUCUCUUCAGCAAGUGCACUACAGAUACAUGAACGUACUCAUACUGGUGAAAAGCCAUUUGGUUGCACAAUCUGUGGUAGAGCAUUUACCACAAAAGGGAAUCUUAAGGUCCAUAUGGGGACUCACAUGUGGAAUAAUGCCCCUGCACGGCGUGGCCGUAGACUUUCAGUAGAAAAUCCUAUGGCUUUGUUAGGUGGAGAUGCACUGAAGUUUUCCGAGAUGUUUCAAAAGGAUUUGGCAGCUCGAGCGAUGAAUGUUGACCCUAGCUUUUGGAACCAAUAUGCUGCUGCUAUCACAAAUGGGCUGGCUAUGAAAAACAAUGAGAUUUCUGUCAUACAGAACGGAGGAAUUCCCCAGCUCCCAGUCAGCUUGGGUGGAACUGCAAUCCCACCAUUAGGCAACAUGUCUAGUGGAAUGGACCGAGCACGUACUGGCAGCAGCCCUCCUCUCAUUAGUAUGGACAAAGUGGGCACUGACUCGAUUGUAAAUCGACCAUUCACAAGGUUUAUUGAGGAGAACAAGGAAAUUGGCAUAAACUGA